AAGUGCUGACAUACAAGGCUCAGUUGGGGUUUUUGCUUGAGCACCCACAAGAAAUUGAGGAACUGGGAGUGAAUAGCCGGUACUGAGACGACACAGGAAGUUUCUUUGGAUGUGUUGCAAGUCCAUCAUCUGCUUCUGCAAAUAAUAACUUUUCCGCUUUCAGUGACCUCUUAAACCCUGAAUGCAAAUGGCAGAGCCACGAGUGGAUCCGGAGGGAGAAGGGAGGCUUCCAGAAAGGACUAUGGUCAUAGAGGUGGUUGAAGAGAGAACCAACCUGGAGACGGAGGCACUAGUUGGGCCUGAAGGGAAACUGGACUAUCCUCCUGUGGGGUCCAACUCAAUUUACGCUGCCAUCCUCAGCAGGAACGAGACCGUCAAAGAUGCCAAGCGGCUGAAGACUUUUCUGGAACUGCGGGACAAGUAUGUGCACAAGAAAGUGCUGUUUGAAGACCCCCUGUUCCCUGCAGACGACUCUUCUCUGUAUUACAGUUGUAAAAGCCCCAUGAAGUUUGAAUGGAAGCGUCCAACGGAAAUCUGUGGAAAUCCCCACUUCAUCAUAGAUGGAGCCAACAGAUCAGAUAUCUGUCAAGGAGAAUUAGGGGACUGCUGGCUCCUGGCUGCCAUCGCGUGUCUGACUCUGAACGAGAAGCUGCUGUACAGGGUCAUCCCUCCGGACCAGAGCUUCACUGAGAACUAUGCCGGCAUCUUCCACUUCCAGUUCUGGCGCUACGGCGAAUGGAUUGACGUCAUCAUUGACGACCGCAUCCCCACCUUCAACGACAAGCUGGUGUUCACCAAAUCCUUCCGGAAGAAUGAAUACUGGAGCGCUCUCCUGGAGAAAGCGUACGCCAAAUUGCACGGCUCCUACGAGGCUCUGAAAGGUGGCAACACGCUGGAGGCCAUGGAGGACUUCACGGGGGGCGUGACCGAGUACUUUGACCUGUUGGAGGCCCCCAAGGACCUGUACUCUAUCAUGAAGAAGGCCCUGGAGAGGGGCUCACUCAUGGGCUGCUCCAUAGACGUGAUGGGACAAGGCCAGAUGGAAAGCCGCACUUCUCAAGGACUAGUGCAAGGGCAUGCCUACUCUGUUAUAGGUCUGGCAGAGUGUGAUGAAAAGGGAACCGACUCCCAGAUCCGUCUCGUUCGGUUGCGUAACCCCUGGGGCUGGGUGCUCUGGAAGGGACGGUGGUGUGCAGAUUCCAAAGAGUGGUCCACCAUAUCCACUGCUGACAAAGAAAAUCUACUGAAGCAGACCAUACAGGAAAGUGAGUUCUGGAUAUCCUUUGAGGACUUCAAGAAGUGCUACUCCAAGCUGGAGAUGUGUAACCUCACCCCCGACACCCUGCGUGGCGACGAGAGGAACAGCUGGAGCGUGGCGGUGAACGAGGGCCGCUGGGUGAGAGGCAGCUCCGCGGGGGGCUGCAGGAACUUCCCAGACACAUACUGGACCAACCCCCAGUACCGCAUGCUGCUGUACGAGGAGGACGACGACCCCGAGGACGGGAAGAGGGCGUGCACGGUGGUGGUGGCUCUGAUGCAGAAGGGCCGCCGAAAGGAGCGCAGCAAGGGGGCAAGCCUCUACACCAUCGGCUUCUCCAUCUACGAGGUGCCAAAGGAGAUGCAUGGCUGCCAACAACAUCUGGGAAAAGAAUUCUUCCUCUACACCAAGUCCACGGCCAAGUGCCAGUCCUACAUCAACCUGCGGGAGAUCACCGAGCGCUUCCGCCUGCCCCCCGGGGAGUACGUGGUCAUCCCCACGACCUUUAAACCCCACAAUGAGGGGGAGUUCAUCCUCAGAGUGUUCUCUGAGAAGAGGAGCACCUCUGAGGAGGUCGAAGAGGAGAUUGGAUCUGAUGAAAUACAGCCAGGGAAGAAACAGAUAGAAAAGCCCAUCGUGUUUGUGUCAGACCGAGCGAAGGCCAACAAGGAGAUUGAGCACAGCGGCAUUCCGGGGGAGAAGAAGAAGAAGAAGCAGCCUGAACGAACCGAGGAGGAGACUGAGGAGGACAAAACCUUCAGGGCCAUUUACAGACAGAUCGCUGGUGAGGACAUGCAAAUCUGUGCCAGUGAGCUCAAAGUUGUCAUGAAGAGGGUGCUGGAAAAACACAACCAGAUAAAGACGGAGGGCUUCAGCCUGGAGACGUGUCGGAGCAUGAUCGCCCUGAUGGACACUGAUGGCACUGGAAAGCUGAAUCUACAAGAAUUCAAACACUUGUGGAAUAAAAUCAAACAGUGGCAGCUCAUCUUCAGAAUGUACGACAAAGACAAAUCCUGCACCAUCAGUAGCUUCGAAAUGAGGAACGCUGUGAAUGAUGCCGGUUUCCACCUCAAUAAGCAGUUGUACGACAUAUUAGCCAUGCGCUAUGCAGACGAACGCAACAACAUUGACUUUGACAGCUUCAUCUGCUGUUUUGUGAGGCUAGAAGGAAUGUUCAGGGCCUUCCAUGCGUUUGACAAAGACGGAGAUGGUUUGAUCAAGCUCAACGUCCUAGAGUGGCUUCAGCUGACCAUGUAUUCAUAGGGGAGGCUGGCUGCCUUCUCUUGGACCGUGAUCCCAGCAGAGCGACACACCGACCAGAACUACACCUACACCUCAAGCCCACCACCGUCUACAACGAAACAAACGAUUGCAGUUCAUGUUUCCGAUUGGCAUCAGUUUACAAAGUGCACUUGCUAAUAAAAUGAAGGCAAGCGUCAGGUGAAACUACAAAUAAGCACUCGGAAGGAAAUAGGAUAACUUAUGUUUGUGGCUUAUCCUGUGGCUUGACUUGGUUCAACUUUAACCAGGGUUGUGUUUUAAACCAAAGCUUGUGUUUUAAACCGACGCCUUGCUAAAGCAAGGCUUCUUGACAUAAAACCACAGGCAAAGUUCUCUACUACAUUAAUGAUUGUAAUUACCUCGAGUGUGACGCCAAGCUUUUAUAAAAUGUGUAAAAAAAACUUUGUGCAAUAUUCGCUUAUGUUUUGGUGUGCAUAGUUGAAAGUGGUUUACCUUGAAAUAAACGUUAUUCGGGUAACAUGUUCAACUCAAAUGAGGCAUUUAUUGACUCGUCGUUUAUGAUCUUUUUAGAAAUUGCAGAUGUAAAAUAAAUUUAAAAAAACCUGCAAUUCACAUUUUGCUGCCAAUCUGAAUGUAAAUAAAUCAAACAACGAGUACAAACACCA